AUGACUGCACAAGAAAUUUUCGAGGAAAAUGACAAUGCUCAGCAAAAUCUUUUGUCAGGUUCAAUGUCACUUUUUUCUUUAUCUCCUUCCUCUGCUUCUGUUUCUCCAGCAAAUAAAAAAGAAGAAAAAGAUGCUUAUGAAUUUGGAAAUGAUCGGCCAACAUUGCAUGCUCCUGGUUGGCAUAGUGCAGGUAGUCCCAAUGAGACAUUUACAUUAGUUCAAGAUUGUACCGGAAAAAACGAUUUUGAAUUUCGAAAUCUUCCUUUUUAUUCUCAAGUUAUUUUUACUUCUCCCACAAGUCAAAAAGAACUUAUACUUGGAACUUCCUCUAUCAUUGCUACUUCUGAUAUUACUUCUUCUAUCAACAAUAACCAAAAAAUUCAUACCUUUGUUCAUCUUUUUCACAAAUUACUUUUUGAACCAGAAUUUGCUCACAUUUAUCUUAUGGCCAAAGAAGUUCUUCCUUUGAUGGAAGAAAUCUUUUCAAAGAAAAAAAAGCCAAAUCAAAAAGAAACAUCAUGUCAUUUUCAUUUUCAUUGUGGAAAUUGGAUAAAUUCAGGUUGUGUUCCAAUCACUAAUGCUGAUUUAUCAACUUAUUCUGAAAAACAGGCAAAUAUGAUAGGAAAUUCAAUUUAUCCUCUUAUAAUAUCUUUGAAUGAUAUUGUGAUGAUGAAAAUGAGUCAAUAUUAUGCUUUGAUGUUGGAUAAAUUUAUGAAAUUAUCCAUGCCAGAAUGGAUAAAUUGGAAACCACCAAUUUAUCAAAUGGCAAGAUUCAAUUUUCAUAAACAUUAUAUUGUUUCAUCAUCAUCAUUAUCAAAUAACAAAAAAUUAAAAUGUAAUGAAUUUUUUAAUAUUAGAAGCAUAGCAACAAAGUUUGGAUUUGUUGCAGUGUUUUUUAUUGGUGAUUUUACUGGUGGUGAAAUUCUUUUGAAAGAUUUUAAGGUAAAGAUUCAGGUAAAACCAGGAGAUUUAUUAUUUUUUAGAGGUGGAAUAAAAUAUUCAAUUUAUGAUUAUGUGGGUACAUUUGGAACAAUUGUUUUAUUUACAGAAGAAAAAAUUUUUAUUUAG